AUGGACCCCUCCUCCCCGCCGCGGCGGUGCUCCCUCCUCCGCCGCCUGCUCCUCCUCGCCGUCGCCGUCCUCGCGCUCCGCCUCCUCUACGGCGCCUUCCUCGCCGUCUCCGCUGGGCCCGCCGGCUGGCCGCUCUACCGGCCCGCCGCCACCACCGCCACAACAGCCACGAGGACCCACGUCGUCCAGGCCGACGUCCCGUCGCCGGAGGCCUGGCGCACCCGCCGCUGGCGCAGGGCGGUCGAAUACCACGCCGCCGUCAUCGCGCCGCACCUCGCCGCCGGGGCCCUCUCGCCGGCAUCCCGCGCCGUCUGCCUCGGUGGCGCGCAGGAGGCGCUCGCGAUGCGGGAGCUCGGCGUCGCCAAAGCCGUCGCCGUCGCCAGGAAGCGCGCGCCCCCGCUCGUCGUCGCGGGGGACGACCGACGCCUGCCGUUCGACGCGUCGUCCGUCGACUUCGUCUUCGCGGGGCGCGCCCUCGACGCCGCCAAGCGCCCGGCCGACCUCGCCGCCGAGGCCGCGCGGAUCCUGAAGCCCGAGGGCCAUCUCGUCGUCCUCACGUCCAGCGCCGCCGACGCCUACAGCCUCCGCUCGAUCCAGGCGCUCCUCCCGUCGCUCCGCCUCGUCCGAUCUCGCGAGAUCGACGCCACCCAGGACGGCGACUCCUCCACACUCCGAGAACUUGUCUUCCAGAAGAAUCCUCAUCCCACUGGCACGGGCACUUCAUCAGUGAACAACUGCUCGGUUGGGGAUCACAGGCGCCAGCUCCUCGCGCACGCCGAGCCACUGAUCCAGGAAGAGCCACUCAAGCCGUGGCUCACGCUCAAGAGAAACAUCAAGAACGUCAAGUACCUCCCGGCGCUGGCCGAUAUCAGCUUCAAGCGCCGGUACGUGUAUGUCGACGUUGGCUCGCGCAGCUACGGCUCCAGUAUUGGCAGUUGGUUCCGCAAGCAGUACCCUAAGCAGAACCACACAUUCCAGGUGUUCGCCAUCGAAGCUGACCCGGCGUUCCACUCUGAGUACGCGGCAAAGAAGGGUGUCACGUUGCUUCCUUAUGCAGCCUGGGUCAAGAAUGAGACACUCAGAUUCGAGAUCAGUGGUGAUCCUGGAAAGGAGGUCGAGGCCAAGGCCAAUGGCCGUGGCAUGGGGCGCAUCCACCCCGCCACCGGGAAGAAGAUGUCCGGCGAGGUCAGGAGUGUCCCUGCGUUUGACUUUGCCGAGUGGUUGAAGCAGACCGUGACGGAGCAGGACUAUGUGGUGAUGAAGAUGGACGUGGAGGGGACCGAGUUCGAUUUGAUCCCAAGGCUGUUUGACACGGGCGCAAUCUGCUUGGUCGACGAGCUUUUCCUUGAGUGCCAUUACAAUCGGUGGCAGAAGUGCUGCCCUGGUGAGCGGUCGCCCAAGUAUGAGAACACCUACGAGGAGUGCCUGGACCUUUUUAGCUCGCUGCGGGAGAGCGGCGUUCUUGUGCAUCAGUGGUGGUAA